AUUCAUUAUAUGGGGAGAUGAGUGAUGCUCCACUCUGUUCUAGUUCCAUUUCUUGUUCACAAAACCUGUGUCACUGCAUUUGGCACUGUAACGCAAAACCCGUGGAAUCAACAACAAUUGAAGGGUAUAUUCGAAAUGGGCGCUGAAAAUGAAGAAGCCCCUGAGAGAGAGCUCAACACUUUGCCUCCUUCUAAUGGAUGGAAAAACCGCAUCUUAAUCCCAACCCUUCUUGCAGGGGUUGCUGGUGCUGGAACUGGGUUAAUCUCGAAGCAUCAGAAGAGUCUUGGUCUUGCAAAUAUUACUGCCAGCUACGCUGCUAAUUUUGCCAUCGUCACUGGUUGCUAUUGCGGGGUACGAGAAUUUGUGACAGAAACUAGAAAAACAGGACCUGAUGAUUUAUGGAACUCUGUAGUUGCUGGAUUUGGAACAGGUGCUCUUCUAGGGCGUCUGCAAGGCGGUCAACUUGGGGCGGUUCGAUACUCUGUCAUCUUCGCUGUUGUAGGGACAACAAUAGAUUAUGCUACUCUCAAAGCGAAAGACUUUUUGAGAGAUCAAACUAAAAUAAUACAUCAGGAUCAUGAGAAUUCACAGAAAAAUGGAAAAUGGUUUAGAUUGCCAGAAUGGUCCCCGAUACGGAUACUUGAUGAGGAAGCACUUGCUAAAAAACGAGCUCAGGAAGAGGAGUUUCUUGCACAGAGGGCAAGGAUUCGUAGUCUAAGGGAAGAAGAAUCUUGAAAAACUGUACACUAUUUUUUGGAUGUGAUGAUUAUGCAUGUCUUUAUCAGAGGUUCGGAACUGUUGAGAAUUAAGUUCUAGUCACCUUUUGGAUUGUGUGAAGAUUUUUCCUCUUCCCUUUCUCGAUAUUACACAUGGGAAAUCCAUAACUUAGUUGAGUGUUUGUAUCUUAUUGCAUUUUUGAGAGGACUUAAUUCAUACAGAACUUUCUCAUUCUCUCAAGUCUCAAUGAAUUGGUCAAUUCAUUUUGUUUUGCUUUUGAUGUUCUGUGAUGCAGCCAAGACCAAAUGGAUUGUCUCAAUUAGAAAGCGAGGCAAUAAGUAGGUAGAACUAGAUGACUAUUUAAACUGUUUUGUACUAUCAAUCAAUGUAUCCAAGCUUAUAUUAAGAAAUAUCUACCAAUAAUUACUUUUUACCA